AUUCUCAGCGCUUUUGCGAAUUCUCGGCUCUUUUGGGGUAUGGACUGUUUGUCUGAUGCUCGGAACAUCCAGUCGCUGUGCAGCCUGCUGUGUCCCGAUGACCAGGACGAGAACAUCCCAGGCCCCACGGUGCCUGGCGGGACGGCUCUCACACCCGGCACCAUCACAGGGCCGAAGGGCACGAGGCGAAUCGCACCGCCAAACGUCAAAGUGACCGCCAAGGUGACAAGAGUCGCCAAUAGAUCACCACGAGUGCGUGCACUUUGUGUCUCUGAGUGUGUGCAGACGCCUUGUGCGGAUAAAGCGGAGAAGAGGGCCAAGCAGGAUGACAUCUGGGGCGAGAGCGAGGUGGAGCAGGGCAUCACGCUGCAGCAGGACGACCACCGGACCGAACCUGAAUACGAGGUGAGAUGAAACUGCGCACACAGAUGCCCUCACGCAGCGGACCUGCCUUGCUGUGUGUCUUGGAUGGGUUGCAGAUCUUGUAUCGGCAGAAGGUGGGGACCGAGGAUGUGUAUCUUGGGAUGAGCGACAGGGACGUCUCCUCCGACCACUGUGAAGAGAUCACCAUAAAGGUGGGACCCCCCGUGUCUCCUUCAUGCACCUUAUGUGUGUGUCCGUCUGGCCUUCCUCUGCAGAUAGAGCUGCCGGACACGAAGCUCCCCGACAUCACGCUGGAGGUGAGAUGGACACCCACUGCUAAUCAGGCCUUCAUGUCAAGUGCUCAUUUCUUCUCAGACGCUGCGUGAGCGUCUGAUCGUCAUGUCGCCGAAGUACCGACUGAAUCUUGCGCUGCCGUAUGCCGGUACGUGGAUGGCAUUGCGCUGUGCAUGGGUGUGUGUACCCCAUGUGUGUGCCUGCUGGAAUGGCUGUGUUGCGUGCAGUGAAGAAGGACCAGGGCUCGGCCAAGUGGGAUGGGAAGAAACAAGUGCUGAAAGUGGUGGUACGCUCUGCUUGCUGGCCCUGGCUGGAUGUCCACUGACUGCUUCGUGUGCUGUGCAUGUGUUGGUUUGUUGUGUGUGUGCAGCUGCCUAUUGAGCGUGAUGUCAGGCUGGUCGACUUAGCAGGGGCUGCACGGACCUAAUCGAUGCAUGCAUGGGUGGGUGUAUGAGUGAUGUCUGUCGGUGAAUGCAAUGCUGUG